AGCCAAUAAUUGUCGAUGUCUCUCUUCUCUCUGAAUUGACAGCCUCAAAUCUCUCACCGAUUAGCAGAAGGGUGGUGGAGGCAACAAAUGUACCGGCAUAUGGCGACAACCACGACCCGUGGUGGACAACCAACUGACAACGGAGAUGCUGUGGUGACUCUUGAUGAAGUUCCUAGAUGGAGUGAUGGGGAUUUUCGAUAUUCUUAUGAAAUUGAAGAUCCCAAUUUUCCAAAUUCGCACUUCCCUGAUCCGUUAACUUCAUCUUCUGGGGAAGGAAGUAGUGGAAAAGUUUCUAGGUUUCCUGUUGAUCAUGAAGUUAACUCGAAGAUUUAUCUUUGGAGAGGAAACCCGUGGAAUCUUGAGGUAGAUGCUGUUGUUAACUCUUCGAAUGAGAAUUUGGAUGAAGCUCACUGCAGUCCUGGUUUGCAUGCUGCGGCUGGGCCUGGUCUUGCUGAAGAAUGUGCGACAUUGGGUGGCUGCAGAACAGGAAUGGCAAAAGUCACCAAUGCUUACGAUCUACCUGCAAGGAGGGUUAUACAUACAGUUGGGCCUAAGUAUGCUGUAAAAUAUCAUACUGCAGCAGAAAAUGCCUUGAGCCACUGCUAUCGUUCUUGUCUAGAACUCCUCAUUGAGAACGGGCUUCAGAGCAUUGCUAUGGGCUGUAUAUACACGGAGGCAAAAAAUUACCCACGGGAACCAGCCGCUCAUGUGGCAAUAAGAACUGUCCGUCGGUUCCUUGAGAAACAAAAGGAUAAAAUUACAGGCGUAGUCUUUUGUUUGACUUCAGCAAAUGAUACUGAAAUAUAUAAGAGACUACUUCCGCUCUACUUUCCCCGUGAUAAAAAGGAGGAAGAAAUUGCAGUUUCGAAGCUUCCUGCUGAUGUUGGAGAUGAAAAUGGUGAGACAGUUAUAGAUGAACGAAAAAUCAGAAUAAAGCCCUUACCAAAUGCGAAGAAGGCUAGUCCUAAACCUCCCCGAGCGUCACUAGAUGUUCCUGUCAGUGAUCUCGGGUUGGCUAGACGGAACUCUUCAUAUUUGGAAUCAUAUUUAGAUCCAGCUUUCAUGUCGUUGAUAAAAGAUCCUGAUCAGCGGCGCAAGGAACAAUGGGAAAGAACUGCCCGAGCACAAAACGGGUUCAACUUUGCUAAAAUGCUAGGGUUUGGUGAUCUUGGGGGUCCAGCACUUUCUGCUGCUGAAGAAUACUCUCUCCAUUCUAGAUACCUUGCCAAAGCAAAUUCUCUUAAUCUUUCUGAAAUAACAGAAAUGAAGAUUUUGUACCGGGGAGGGGUAGACAGUGAAGGUCGUCCAGUAAUGGUUGUAGUCGGAGCACAUUUUCUCCUCCGUUGUCUCGAUCUUGAAAGAUUUGUUCUCUAUGUAAUAAAGGAGUUCGAGCCCUUGAUUCAAAAACCUUUUAGCAUUGUUUACUUCCAUUCUGCUGCAUCUUUACAAGUGCAGCCAGACCUGGGAUUUAUGAGGAGAUUGCAGCAAAUACUUGGCAGGAAAUGCCAGCGUAAUCUUCAUGCAAUAUACGUUCUUCACCCAACGUUUGGACUGAAAGCUGCCAUACUUGCAUUGCAACUAUUAGUGGAUGGCAUGGUGUGGAAAAAGGCUGUAUACGUUGAUCGACUUCUUCAGCUUUUCAGAUACGUUCCUCGUGAGCAGCUAACUAUCCCCGACUUCGUGUUCCAGCACGACCUGGAAGUGAACGGAGGAAAAGGGCUUAUUGUGGAUCCAAGAACGAAAUACGUAUAUCAUCGACCUUAGGCAAAGAAGCCGUUUUUGUGAAUCGAACCCGUGGGAAAAUAACGAGUUGGUCGCACAAGUUUUUUGUAUUCAGAAUUUGGGUGUUUUUAUAAAUGUGACUUGUGAAGCUAUUCUUUUUUUGGUGUAAAGUUUUGAAAUUUAGCUUCUUUCUUGUAUGAGAAAUUGUUUAUUGUUUGGAAUGAUGAUGUUUUAGUACACAUGUUAUCACUUGUAAAAGUAAUAUAUGAAUAUGAUAUUGUUAUCA